AAAAUAAAAUAAACAUUCUGCAGCACUGCCCAAAAGACCACAAUGUGUCCCACAGCAUCCCAAAUGAUAUAAUAUAUAUUAUACCAUUGUAUAUUUCACUACCUCCAGAGGGCGCAGUCCUCCCAGCAACCGAUCUGCUACAGCAACCAUAGCAACCAUAGAAGUUUGGAUCUACGCUGUCUCGUUGUUUUCCAGUGUUCGUGGCCGACACAAGAAAUAGUCCCAGAAACCAGUGAAACCAACCGAGUGAGUGAAGGAUGGAGAGAAAGCAGGACAGCAGCGAAGGGACGCUGCAGGCAGUUGCCUUGCUAAAGACUACCAUGUUGAAACAGAGCACUAAGAGCGGCCUGAACCUGAAUCCUGCUGCACACAAAGUGAUGGUUGACAGCAGGAAACUCAGAUCCACUGGUUUACACAGUGACGUCAGCAUGAAGGACACUCCAACUGAACUCGAAUUGACUGAAAACGUUUGCACUUUGGCUCACAUUUCAGUGAAGCUGAGCUACAGCUAUGACCACCUGACCCGGGUACUAAUAAAGGUGAUGGAUGAGCAGCCACAGGAUGUGGUGGACGUGAUCGAGGAUAUAAGUCGUGACGUGAAGCGGGCUUUGUUUGAAGACAAGCAAAGCAUCCUACGAGACCUUCCACAGACUACAGCUGCCGAGCUACUGGCUGAACAGCAACGUCCACUGUUUUCUAGACCAGAGAACAAUGAGCAGGAGGAUGAGCUGCAACAGGAAACACCUCUUCCUAAUGUGAGUGAGAUCGCUUUCUACCUGGAGCAGGCUGGAGUGGGUCUGGGCAGAGAGGAGAUGCAGAGGAUUUUUCUCGCACUCAAGCAGCUUGUUGAGUCGCAGGAGCUCCUGUGCUGCAGACUGUGGGGGAAGAUUCUGGGAACAGUGAGCAGCUAUAUUGUUGCUGAAGCUGAGUGCAGGGAGGGGGAGGAGGAGGAAGAGCCGAUCAGUGAUGAAGCAGCUGAGGAAGAAGAGAGAGAGACCGAAACUCAGGAGAGUGACGAGAAUGAGAUGGAUCCUCUUCCUCAGUCGACGUAUAAACCCCCACCAGUGGUUCCAAAGGAGCCCAUAGGAACAGGCACUAACAAGUGUGUUUACUAUGUAUGUAAAGAGCCUGGUCUUCCUUGGGUAAAGCUGCCUUCAGUCAGUCCUGCGCAGAUUGCUGCUGCUCGCCAGAUCCGUAAAUUCUUCAACGGGAAGCUGGAAGCACCAGUUAACAGUUACCCGCCUUUUCCUGGGAAUGAAGCCAACUACCUGAGAGCACAGAUUGCUCGGAUCUCUGCUGGCACACAGGUCAGCCCCCAGGGCUUCUUCCAGACUGGGGAGGAAGAAGGCGAUGAGGAAGAUGAGGCACCACGAGACAGCUAUGAAGUGAAUUCUGAUUUUGAGGGCGUUCCAGUUAACGAGAUGGCUGAGUCCUUGUCCACCUGGGUGCAUCAUGGUCAUCACAUCCUGCCGCAGGGUCGUUGCAUUUGGAUUAACAUGGCUGUGAACUCAGAGGACUUGAAUGAGGAAGGAGAGGCUGAGGAGAAAGAGGAGCCUGAUGAACCUGAACCAGAAGUUGGGCCCCCUCUGCUCACUCCCCUUUCCCAGGAUGUAGAAAUGUUCAACACCCCUCCCUGGACCUCCAAGAUGUCCUCCACUCUCACCCCUCAGCAUGCAGUAGCUGUGCUGCGUUCUAACCUCUGGCCGGGAGCAUUUGCAUAUGCCUGUGGUGGAAAAAAGUUUGAGAACAUAUAUGUUGGAUGGGGUCUGAAGUAUGCAGGGGAAGGGUACAGCCCACCUUUACCACCACAGCCACAGAGAGAAUAUCCCAGCGAUUCAGAAAUCACAGAGGCACUGGACCCGUCACUGGAGGAGGAACAGGCCCUGAAAGAAGUUUUGGAAGAGCAGCAAGAUGUUCAGGAGGAGUUGGAAGACACUGAUGAAGAGGAUGAAGAUGAUGGCUGAGAAAACAGUUACACAUUUUUUCCAGUUUGAUCUUUCAGGUAUUUUAAUGUUGGAACUGAUAAGUAAAAUUUGACCAACAUUUGGCAUUUAAGUUACUUGUGUCAUUUUUAAGCAAAGAGUUUAUUAACCAGAAAAUUGCAAUUACAAUGAAGUUGGAUGUAAGUAAAAAUAGAACAGGAAAGACAGGGAAAUGACUGGAAAUGUUUAAAAAAAACAUGAAUAAAGCUUUUACUUCAAAAAUUUGAUUGAAAGAAUUGACAAUAUGCAAAUUCAUGAAGGAAGGAUAUAACAUAGAUACUUUUUUCAGAUGAUUGAGUGAGUGUGUGUCUUUUUUAAAACAGUAAAUGAAAACAUUAGUUGAGUGUAUGUUAUGUAGUAUUUCUAAAGACCUUCUCCACUGAUUGAAUUGAUAUUAAUUAAUACAAAAAGUUGUUGUGUAAUCGUUAGAGUAAAACAUGUUGGUAUAUGCUUAAAACACAUAAUGACAGGUUAACAUUUAUGAUGCCUAUCUUCUGGACACUCAGACAUUCUCAGAGAGUCCUCCAGAUGUUUGCCUGGUUUGUUCUCUAACUUUUGAGGAUGACCUUUGACUUCGGGAGUUGUUUCUGACCAGCUGGUGGAUGGAUACAGAGGGAAUGUAUUUGACUAAUGUGUCUUCAUGUUCAGACACAAAAUGUGGGGAGGGGACGUCAUUUAGGGGACGUCAUUUACCUGAAGUCAAGGGCGGAACCAAUAUCCCUAAAUAACUGUGUGUAAGACCCCCGCACGUCAGAUUUUCACCAUUUGGCUGUGUGAUGUCUCCGGGUAUCUAGAUGCCCGUCCUGACCUGUGAAACUUCUGUGUAAUAAACUUUGAU